AUGCUUCGCAACACACUUUCCCAUUCAUUUGCAUUCUUUUCAUCCUCGAUAACUCGUUCUGCUCGAUGCGACCGACGCUGGGCAUCGGCAGCUGCUGUGCUCAAAAAAGCACCAGUAACAGCGGAAGAAAAAACUACUCCUCCUACUCCUCAGUAUACUCUCUCCGAACACGACCGGUCUCGGCUUCGACUGCAACGUAACAUCGGUGUUUCUGCACAUAUUGAUUCAGGCAAGACUACGUUGACGGAAAGAAUUUUGUAUUAUACUGGGAGAAUUCGUGAGAUCCAUGAAGUCCGAGGACGUGACAAUGUCGGUGCAAAGAUGGACAGUAUGGAUCUAGAGCGAGAAAAGGGUAUUACUAUUCAGAGUGCUGCCACAUUUUGUGACUGGGAGGCAACCAACGCAAUAACAAACGAGAAGGAAAAGUACGCUAUCAACAUCAUUGAUACUCCUGGACACGUUGAUUUCACUAUAGAAGUUGAAAGAGCUCUGAGAGUCCUAGACGGGGCUAUCCUGGUUCUAUGUGCUGUCGCAGGUGUCCAAAGUCAAACUACGACAGUGGAUAGGCAAAUGAGACGGUACAAUGUUCCUCGGAUCUCUUUUAUUAACAAAAUGGACAGACCCGGAGCCAACCCAUGGAGAAUCGUCAACCAGAUCCGAACGAAACUCAGGAUUCCUGCUGCUGCGGUUCACGUACCUAUCGGUGUAGAGGAUGAAUUCCGUGGGGUAGUCGAUCUGGUUCACUGGCGCUCAAUAUAUAAUCAAGGAGUCAAAGGAAACGAAGUCGUCAUCUCAGAAGAGAUCCCUGCCGAGCUCAUUGACCUUGCAACUGCUAAACGUCGGGAACUAAUUGAACAACUUGCCGACGUUGAUGAAGAAAUUGGUGACCUUGUCCUCAUGGAUGAAUUACCCACCAAUGCCCAAAUCGAUGCCGCCAUCCGCCGAGCCACUACUGGCUUGAAAUUCUCCCCAGUAUUCUUAGGCUCUGCCAUCAAGAACACCGGUGUUCAACCCCUCCUCGAUGGCGUCUGCGCGUAUCUGCCCAACCCUUCAGAAGCGGAAGCUCUUGCCCACGAUACAGAAAAGCCAAGCUCAGCACCGAUGGUCCCUUUGACUCCCGCUGCAGAUGCCCCUCUGGUUGGAUUGGCAUUCAAGUUGGAGGAAGGGAGGUUCGGGCAAUUAACGUAUAUGAGGGUGUAUCAGGGGACUUUGAAGAAGGCGAAUACGAUUUAUAAUGCACGCACUGGGAAGAAGGUCAAGGUUCCGAGAUUGGUGAGGAUGCAUAGUAACGAGAUGGAGGAUGUUAGUUCAAUUGGACCAGGAGAGAUUUGUGCGAUGUUCGGCGUGGAAUGUUCGUCUGGUGAUACAUUUACGGAUGGGGAGACGAGUUUUUCGAUGACCUCAAUGUAUGUCCCAGAACCCGUCAUCUCCCUCGCUAUCAAAUCCAAAGGAAUCGAAACACCCAACUUCUCACGCGCGCUGAAUCGAUUCCAAAAGGAGGAUCCUACAUUUAGGGUUCACGUCGACCACGAAAGUAAAGAGACCAUUAUCUCUGGCAUGGGUGAGCUCCACCUUGAGAUCUAUGUCGAGCGCAUGCGUAGAGAAUACAACGUCGACUGCAUAACUGGCAAACCUCGCGUCGCCUUCCGCGAAACAAUCACCUCGCGUGCCGAUUUCAACUACACUCAUAAGAAGCAGACUGGGGGUGCAGGACAAUAUGCUAAAGUUAUCGGGUACAUUGAGCCUAUGCAACCCGACGAGGAGACAGGAAAGGACACAGAGUUUGUCAAUGAUAUUUUGGGAGGAGCAAUCCCUGAAGGGUAUUUCCCCGGUGUGGAGAAGGGAUUCUUUGAAGCCCUCGAAAAAGGGACCUUAUCUGGAAACGUCAUCUCUGGCUGUCGACUUGUCCUCCUGGAUGGUGGAUACCAUAUCGUUGAUUCGUCUGAAUUGGCUUUCAGGAUUGCGACAAUCGGUGCAUUCCGUGAAGCAUACAAGCUUGCUAAUCCAGUCAUUCUGGAACCAAUCAUGACAGUAGAAGUUAUUGCUCCUGUGGAGUUUCAAAGUGCUGUGAUUGGUGGACUGAACACUCGUCGAGGUACCAUUAUCGAUAGUGAAGUUCGCGAUGAUGAGUUUACGUGUAUAGCGGAAGUCGCUUUGAACGAUAUGUUUGGUUAUUCGAACCAAUUGCGUGGUUCGACUCAGGGCAAGGGCGAAUUCAGCAUGGAAUACAAGACCCACAUGCCUGUCCUUCCACAUUUCCAGAAAGAGCUUGAGGAAGCAUAUAAGAAGACCAUGCCUCAAGCCAAAACCAAGUGA